AUGUGUGGAAUUUGUUGUGUUUUACUUCGGGGAGAAAAUGAGGAUUAUACAUUUAGUUGCUCAAGACUUAAGAAUAGAGGCCCAGAUGCAAGUUCUCAGACUGUGGUUACCAUCGAUUCGCAGACAAAGUUAACCCUUACUGGACAUGUGCUACACAUGAGGGGACCACUUACUCCACAGCCGAAAACAGAUAAACACGGAAACUGUCUUUUGUGGAAUGGAGAGAUAUUUGGGGGGUUACAAAUCGCAGAGGAGAAAAAUGACACAGCUGUGCUGUUUGAAAUACUGUCUGAAAAAGCAGAUCCACAGCAUGUGAUUGAUACAUUUUCAAAAAUACACGGGCCAUGGGCAUUCGUUUAUUGGCAGGAAGAAAAGAAAAGAUUGUGGUUUGGAAGAGACUUCUUUGGAAGACGAAGCCUUUGUUGGCACUUACCAGAAAAGAAGAACGACCCCUUCAUUUUGACAUCCGUGCGACAAAACACUGAGGAUUUACAGGAGGUUCCUUCUAUUGGGAUUUAUUCAGUUGACCUCACACACACAGAGUUUUUAAACAUGACCCUGUACACCUGGACUGAUGCUGUGUGGCCAGGAACUAUGGAGCCAAUAACUACUGAAAACCUACGGUCAGGAUUAAUGGGCAACUCAGACUGUAAUGUAAAGAUCGACCUACACCCUGACUGCCACCUCAAUAAAAAUAUUCCACCAUUAAACAAAACUCUUCCCGACCUUGACCCCUCCAAGGUUAUAACUAAGGAUCAGGAGUCGGUGAUACAUAACUUACUAGGAGAAACUCAGUUUAAGUCGUGUGUGGAUGACCUUAUUCGUCUACUAUUACAGAGUGUAACAGAUCGUGUGUUUAAUCAGGUUAUGUUGUCUCAUGGAGAUUAUAAAUAUCGUGUUAAUCCAUCAACUUCAUACAACUCCUCAGACUUAGAGAAUGCAGAUGAGAUUCACAAGUUAAAAUCUGAGUCAGUAGAGUGUUCUGUGUCCAGUGAGUUGAGUAAUGUAAGUCUAAAUCAAGAAGAUGGAGUGGUGAGAGGACCAGCCAAGGUUGCCGUGUUAUUCUCUGGAGGAGUGGACUCGGCAGUGAUAGCGGCUUUGGUUGACAAGUGUCUGCCAGCCCAUGAGCCUGUAGACCUUAUCAAUGUAGCCUUUGAAAGAAUUGUUCCACAAAAGCAAAGAAAUCCAAGUGUGGAGGAAGCUUGGAAUGUUCCAGACAGACAGACUGGGAUAGUAGCUGUACAGGAACUCAAUCCAGACAGGAAGUGGAACUUUGUUAUGGUGAAUGUAAGCAUUGCUGAAUUACAAAAACAAAGAGCAGAACACAUCCGCCAUCUUGUGUAUCCGUUGGAGACUGUACUUGAUGAUAGCAUUGGAUGUGCUGUGUGGUUUGCUGCCAGAGGAGAGGGUAUUCUGGGGAAUGGAGAGCAUGUUGGGAUUCCGUACAAAAGUAGUGCUAAGGUAAUAUUGUGUGGCAUGGGUGCUGAUGAGCAGUUUGCUGGAUAUUCCAGACACAGAGGAAAAUUUGAGGAGUUAGGAUGGCAGGGCCUUAUUGAUGAAGUAGAAAUGGAAGUUCAGAGAAUUUCUGCCAGAAAUCUAGGAAGGGAUGACAGAGUUGUGACAGAUCAUGGAAAGGAAGCCAGAUUUCCAUUUCUUGAUGAGAAUGUUGUGUCCUACCUUCAGUCUAUUCCUAUACAAACCAAGGCUGAUCUACGCUACCCCCGGGGACUAGGGGAGAAGAUCCUCCUGAGGGCCUGUGCCGUGAAGCUGGGACUGAUCAAGUCAGCUCUGUUUCCAAAGAGAGCUAUCCAGUUUGGAUCACGGAUAGCUAAAACUGAGAACAAUAAAGAGAAAGCUUCACAGAAGUGUCCAAGACUGGCUGAUCCCACGUGACAAUCAACAAGUGAGAACAGAGAACACCCAGCAUUGUGUUAUCCCAAAAGUAGGCCAAGAUGGGACAAGGUUCAAGUCCAAUAACUGAAUAUAUCAAGUGGCAGUACGGUGUACAGACCAAGUCAUUUGCUGUGAUUCAACAAUAAAAUUUGACAUCAUAGUUUAGGCAUCUACUUGACAUCAGAAUUGACAGAGUUAAAUUGUAAUUAUCAUGUUUUGUCCAAUUUCGAAAAUUUGUGUACAGUAAUCAUACUUAAAUAUGGAGACAAAAGUCUUCCAACAUUCUGAAUCGAAGGGAUGUUUUUCUUUGCUCUUCACCUGAUGUUUAUAAUUCAGUUGUACUGCAAUGGCCCAAGAUCACAUCUCAAUACUGUUUAUUCAUUUUAACCAGAAACAAAUCACGUCAAGAACUCAUUUCUCUGUUCUUAAAUUUUGAUGUUCUUCUCCUCUGCUACAGUUAAUUGGAACAAAUGGUACAUCAUAUACAUUUAUUUCUCAACUAGUCAUGUGAAAUGCCACAAAUUCCCAAUAUGCAGUUCUGUUCCCUGUAAUUUUUAUGAAUGUUGAACAAUGCACAGCCUAAUAAAAUAUCAAAAGUACUAAAUUCAUUUUGUUCAU